AGGAUUGGGGAAUAGAGCAUAAAAUCUUCACUAUUUCAGUGGACAAUGCUUCAAACAAUGAUGUUGCAGUUAGAAUUGCCAAACAAACUUUCUCCAGGAGUCAUAAGCUACCUUUGGGUGGUAAGCUAUUUCAUGUGAGAUGCACUGCUCAUAUUAAAACCAUUGUUGAUGAUGUUAGGAAUAGUGUGCGAUUUAUUAAUCAGUCUGAGUCUAGGUUGAUGAAGUUUUCUGAAAUUGUGCAUCAUUUGGGAAAUCCGGUGAAAAAGUUAGUUCUUGAUUGUGUUACUCGUUGGAAUUCUACAUAUGAAAUGUUAGUUGUGGCCCUUAAACUUAAGGAUGCAUUCCCAAUAUUUGCACAAAGAGAGCCUUCAUAUAAAUGUUGUCCUAGCUUGGAAGAUUGGACUAGAAUACAGGAUGUUCUUAGCAUCUUAGAGGUGUUUUAUGAAGCUACUCAAGUGAUCUCUGGAACUAACUAUCCCACUUCUAAUGUUUUUCUUGGUGUUGUUUGGAGGGUCAAGCAUGUCUUAAAUGAAAAUGAGUUUCAUCAUGAAGAGGUCAUUAGAAAUAUGAUUGAAAAGAUGAAGAAAAAAUUUGACAAAUAUUGGGGUGAUUGCAAUCUUUUGAUGUCUAUUGGAGCAAUACUUGAUCCUAGGUACAAAAUGAGGUUGGUUGAUUUUGCUUUCAACCAAAUAUAUAAUGCAAAUGAUGCACGUGCAAAUGUGAAGAAUGUUAGGGAUGCAUUACAUGACUUGUUUUAUGAAUAUGUUGAAAUUGAUAACAUGAGAAAUCGAAGAGGUAGUUCUUCUGUGACACAUGUUGGGAGUUCGGUUGUUACUUCUACACGCUUUACUUCUAAAGAAAAAGUAGUCCUUUCUGGUUUGUCUUUGUAUGAUAAAUAUUUAGACAGUGUUGAAGAUGUAACUCCAAAAAAAUCAGAGUUGGACAUUUACUUGGAGGAAGGGGUUUAUAGGUGUCAAGAUGGUGAAGUAACCUCCCCUGUAUUUGAUGCCUUAUCUUGGUGGAAAUCUCAUGAAUUGAAGUUCAGUAUUUUGUCUAAAUUAGCCCGUGAUGUUUUAGCUAUUCCAAUUAGCUCCGUGGCAUCAGAAGCCACAUUUAGUGCGGGUACCCGAGUUCUAGAUCCUCAUCGUGCUAAACUAUCUUCUGACAUGGUGCAAGUUUUAAUUUGUGGAGCAGAUUGGGUUCGUCAACUUCAUGGGAUCAAUAAGCCUAUUAUGACAUAUGAGGAAGAAGAACCAAUUGAUGUCAUAUUGCAAGCAUGAUGGCUGGGGGAUAUUUGAAGUUUAAUUGUGAUUGUUAUUGUAGUACUUAAUUU